AUGCCAGGAGAUGAGCAGAAAGCUAAGAAUGCUGCCCAGAGUACCGAGGAAGGGGAAGUCCCCAUUACUGAAGCCCUUAUCACCAAGAGGAACUUGACCUUCCCUGAGGAUGAAGACCUGUCAGAAAAGAUGGUUCGUACCCUUGAUGAACUGGAGACCGUCCGCCUGGAUCGGGAAGGGAUUACUUCUAUCAGGAAUUUAGAGGGCCUCCGGAAUAUUCACAGCCUCUACCUGCAGUCGAAUAAGAUCCAGAGGAUUGAGAACUUGUCAUGCAUCACCUCCCUGCGCUUCCUGUCUCUGGCAGGAAACCAAAUCAAGCAGGUGGAAAACCUCCUUGACCUCCAGUACCUCCAGUUUCUGGACCUUUCUGAGAACCUGAUAGAAAUGCUAAAGCUAGAUGAGCUCCCUCAGAGCCUUCUCAUCCUCAACCUGUGUGGAAACCCCUGCACCAACCAGAAUGGCUACAGGAAGAUGGUGAUAGGAGCCCUGCCUCUGCUCUUGGACCUGGACAAGCAGCCUAUAUUGGAGCGCUGGACCUCAGAUGAGGAGGAUAAAUCCUCAGAUGAGGAGGAAUUUCCGGAACUGAAUGGCCCGUUCUGUGCAGAGCAAGGAUUCUUCAAGGACUUAGAGCAGGAACUACAGCAACAUCAAGAACGAAGGCAGCAGGCAGUCCUGGCAGAGCACUUGUCAAGGAUGGAGACACAGCCUGUCCUCACUGACCUGCCCCUCCUGCCUGCAGUGCCCAUGGCUGGGGACUGCAGCCCUGCUGUCACAGCAGAGUCUGAGAAGGAGCCAGCCCCUAAGGCCACCUCCUCAACCCAGACCACCGCUUCUACUAAGAAAUCAGUUCCCACAAGCCAAAAAGGCUCUGUCCGGGCAAGGAAGGGGGCUCCGGCAGCCACAGCCUCCAAGACCUCUCUGUCUGCAGCCCCCAGCAUGACAAAACCUGCAACCAAAAGAAGCACAAAGUAGCCUGCAGCCCGAGUGCGUGCUUGCCCU